UUGAAGUUCUUCUCUGCUGAUAUUUGAUAAGUGUGACUUGAACAAGUAUUCCCUCCUGGAACUCUGACAAAGAGAGAAAAACUUCAAGAGGAAGCAUCUUUGUUAGAAAUUCAGUUCUAGUAGAAUUAGCCACUGGUGAGAAACAUCCCCACAUAACAAAUACUGAGUCGAACACAGCAGUGCACUACAGUAUGUGCAGGUUAUUGUCAUCACUCUACAUGAUUUCUAAGUGUUACAGCCUUAAAAUGUUUGGACCCAUUGCUACCUGGUAUCAGUGCUGUGGUGAGUCAUUGUGUCUACUGGAGAAUACACUAACCUGUAGAACAUGCUGUAUGUCCUGUUUCCAGCCAGUAGCUGCAGGCUCAGGGAUCCCGGAAAUCAAAAGUUACUUGAACGGAGUGAAGAUUCCUGGAAUCGUCCGGCUGAGAACUUUUCUCUGCAAAGCUGCUGGAGUCCUGUUCAGUGUGGCUGGAGGUCUGUUUGUGGGGAAAGAAGGUCCGAUGAUACACAGUGGAGCCAUUGUGGGAGCUGGCCUUCCUCAGUUUCAGAGCAUCACUUUCAAGAGGAUCAAAUUUGAUUUACCCUACUUCCGCAGUGACAGGGACAAGCGAGACUUUGUGUCAGCGGGUGCUGCUGCUGGAGUAGCUGCUGCCUUUGGUGCUCCUAUAGGUGGCACGCUCUUCAGUCUGGAGGAGGGCUCCUCUUUCUGGAACCAGGCCCUCACUUGGAAAGUGCUCUUCUGUUCCAUGUCGGCCACCUUCACUCUUAACUUCUUCCGUUCUGGGAUCAACUUUAACAAGUGGGGCUCCUUCCAGCUGCCUGGUCUGCUCAACUUUGGAGAGUUCAAGGUAACGAGUCCAUCGCUGCAGUUACCUCUUAAUUUAAUUCAAAAUGUCUGUGGAAAUGUGUGGUUUGUAUUCAUUCAAGUAAUCCUAUAACUAUUCAAUGUUUAAUGAUGACAAAAAACUUAUAUUUUAAUAAGAUACAAAUCUAUUGUCAACCCAACUUUAACCUUCUCAUUCCUCCACAAAUACUGGAACAUGUUGUCUCCUCUUAUUUAAUAACCCACCAUCUCCUCAAAGUUCACCCUCUGGUCUAAAAACAGUUACAUUAGUGCAAAAUAAAUAUUACAAAAUAUAAAGAUAACACAAAACAGUAAAAUAUAACAAACUGAGCUUAUGAUUUUAAUUUGGUACAGAUUUAUUAUGUGUUUGUGUGCAUGUAUGUAAGUGUAUUGUGAGUGAGUCAUGUAUUAAAGGGACAGGGUGUAACAUUUA